CUGCACCCCACCCCACCCCUCCAUUUGCAAGCAAGAAACUGGAGAGUGGAAAGAAGGUCUGUUUGUUGUUUUAACAGUCAGCUUUGCAAAUUCAGGAUAAUGUGGUAUGUUUACUGGCACGGACAUGUAAACACUUCAGUAGCCCCAGUUCCUAAGUUACAACAUAGCUGAAAAAUGUAUCCCAGCAAAACAGAAUCUUAUUAUGGCUGGAUCUGUAAUUGUUCUACAUUUUAAAAAGAACUAUAAAUACUAUGAACAUUUUUUUAAUUCAGAUUUGAUUUCAGUUUUGCAUUAGGACUGGAUUUGGGUGGCUCUUUUUUCUUUCUCAUAUUGUAUUUUACUUAAUACUGUGGCUUGUGGCUACUUCUAGAAUCUGCUGAUUUAGCAUUAAGUGCAGGAUUAAUUUUAUACUUUUUACACAUUGAUCUGAGAAUCCGACUAUUAAAAAAUAUUGAAGAUUGAUAAAUCACACAUGAUUAUAAUUUAAGAUGUGUUUUAUUCAUGUGCUCAGUAUCUGAUGAGAUGCUAUGAAAUAUACUAAAAACUAGUUAUUAAAAUACUCUGCCUGGGUAUCUUCACCCAGAUCAUAUCUGUAUUAAAGAGUUGCUACAAUUACAUAAAUGUAAUAUAAUACACUGUACAUAGCAUUUUCAAGUGUCUGAAGUAAUUUAUUCAGUACUUUUAAGGAAGUGUAAAACCCUGGUGAAAAGAUGGUAUCAUUACAUAGGUUGCUGCUGGGUCUUCAAUCAGUUUUCCAUGCUGACUAGAUUUUCUGAAAUCUAAGCUUUUGAUACUUCCCUUUAUUGAAGCAACAAGAGCAUAUGCAGCUGGAUUUCUUUGUUCUUUUAUAGUUGAGUUCAACAGGGGCAUAUCACAAACAUGCUUGGGCUUCUUGUAGUUCAUCUGUGUGCUGCUGUUACACACCCAGUUCCUAGCAUUACUCAGCCAUGUUGUCACCAAAGCUUAGAGUGUUUGCACAAUCGCACUUCAGCAUAAUGCGUAAUGAACCUCAAAUGAAUCCUGCUGGCUGUAGGAUAAUGAAUCUCCACUUCAAGUGAUUGUCUCUGAAUGGGGUUGUAAAACGUGCCUAUAUUGUUCAUCCAGGAAGUGUGAAGUUGUAAAACACAAGCUAAAUUGCUGUAUUUUAUCUGCUAGUUACUUCUACAUUUAUUGCCUUUAUGGACCCAAAGUCCUCCAGGGAGUGUGACAAGUCCUGAUUGUAUUUUCUACUUAGAGCUUUUAUUUGUUCACAAAUGUGGAAAGAAGAAAAAUUGUUAUUCACUGGGGAUUUGUCUAGCUACGUGUGUGGCUACUUAAGAACUGGUUCAGCUUUACUUGCUUUUUCAUUAUUCUAUCUUUUGGUCUGAUGUCAUGCACAACCUACAUCUUUAAAACUGCGUUUCCUCAUCUGGGAAUGUAAAUGCUUUAGUGCCCUAGAGUAGUUGCGUAACUGGUUAGAUAGUUGCUGUACAAACUGAGUAUGUUUUCUGUUCUGUGAUCUGUCCAUUUUCCCGAUUCACCCUCUUUCUAGCUUCCUUACGCUUUUCUUUCUAAUCUUGUAUUAUGGGAUUCUGAUGUUGCAAAAUUUAGGAAGAGCUUUGGCGGUUGAAAUAAUUGUUGUUUGCUUCUUUGCUGGUACUGGUAUAAACAGUCCACAGAAGGGAGUUCUGGUGUUAGAAGCAAUAGGUCUACAAAGCUUGUAAAGGUCAUUCUCUGACAGCAUGUGAGAGAGGUACAAGACCAGGGCAGGGAGAAAGAAGAGAUGAUUUAGCAGACUUCACGUGCAAAAUCAACAAUGCCUGAGCCCAACCUGCAGCUUCCAGUCACUGCUCUCACGUCAGACCUAGUGAAUAUUGUCAGCUCAUGGCUGCCUCUGGCAGUUGACAUUUACCACACCGGCUGAGGCGGCGGCUGAGCCAGGCCUGGGGCUGCAGCCAGGCCUGGCCACCCCCAGCAGGCGAUGGAGGCCGAGCAGAGGAAGGUGCCAGGCACCGCCGUCCCCUCCAGCAUGGACACCGGGUGAAAUGGCUGGGGAGCUACAGGCCGCAGUCUUUGUUUUGUAGCUCACUUCAGCUGCUGCCAUGCCUGGUGCCUUUCCAUGCAUAACACAGAGCCUAACGCACGGCUGCGGAGCAGAGCAGUCCGCACAGGUCGUUGGUUCGUGUUUUCUCCCAGCACAAUGUCCAAAUGAUGAGCAGGGUGCAAGGCUGACCUUUUAUUUUUGCUCCCUCCCACCCCCCAUAACAGCACGUGGAAUGCCUGGCCCAGUCGCAUGCUCAGGUUGAUCAUCUGACAGAAUGACUGCUGGCUCUGCGGCGGGAGCGCGGGAUGGAUUUCCUUUUUGAGAUCAUCCUUCUGAGACCUGGGCAUUGCUCAUAAGCAAUCACUGACCAACACCCAGAAGAGAGAAUUUACAUUCUUUUAGAAUACAGCAGGAAAAUGAAGACCCGGCUAAAAAUCAUAUUUGGCGUGGUUAUAUGCCUUUUGCUUUCUUUAUUACUUAUGUGUAUUAUACUGCUUCCAUCAAGAGCUGUCAACACAGAUGAUGGUCUCCGAGCUCUUACACUGGAGGAUUAUUUGAAUGGAAAUUUCCAAUAUAAAACAUUUUUUCCAUAUUGGGUGUCAGAUAACGAAUAUCUUCAUCAGUCUGCAGAAGAUGAUAUUAUUCUUUACAAUGUUGAAAUGAACUACCCAACUACCAUCAUGACUAACAGCACAAUGAAACAAGUUAAUGCUUCAAAUUAUGUGUUGUCAUCAGACAAAUAUUUCAUAGCUCUGGAAAGCAAUUAUUCAAAGCUGUGGAGAUACUCUUAUACAGCAUCAUACCACAUUUAUGAUCUCAUAUAUGGUGGUUUUGUAACAGAAAAUCAGCUUCCACAUAAAAUUCAGUAUAUAUCCUGGUCACCCGUUGGACACAAAUUGGUAUAUGUGUAUCAGAAUAAUAUCUAUUUGAAACAAAGUCCAAGAGAGGCACCAAUUAAAAUAACUAGUGAUGGGAAACAGAAUACAAUAUUUAAUGGGAUUCCUGAUUGGGUCUAUGAAGAGGAAAUGCUGGCAACCAAGUAUGCACUGUGGUGGUCUCCAAGUGGAAAAUAUUUAGCAUACGUACAAUUUAAUGAUUCUGACAUACCAGUUAUUGAAUAUUCAUAUUUUGGUGAGGACCAGUAUCCUAGAAAAAUAAUUAUCCCAUACCCAAAGGCUGGGGCUAAAAAUCCUACGAUUAAGGUGUUUAUUGUAGACACUACUAACGCUGAAGCAUCUGGUCCCAAGGAGGUGCCAGUUCCUGCAGUCAUAGCAUCCAGUGAUCAUUAUUUUACUUGGCUUACUUGGGUAACAGAUAGUCGAAUCUGUGUGCAAUGGCUAAAGAGAAUCCAGAAUUUUUCAGUCUUAGCUAUUUGUGACUUCAAAGGAGACUCAAAUACUUGGGACUGUCCAGAGAAUCAACAGCACAUAGAAGAGAGUCAAACAGGAUGGGCAGGCGGAUUCUUUGUUUCUACACCAUAUUUUACAUCAGACAGCAGUUCAUACUACAAAAUUUUUAGUGACAAAAAUGGUUAUAAGCAUAUUCAUUACAUCAAUGGCUCUGUGGAGAAUGCAAUUCAAAUUACAAGGGGAAAAUGGGAGGCAAUAUACAUCUUCAGAGUAACAAAUGAUGCACUUUUCUAUUCAAGCAAUGAAUUCGAAGGAUAUCCAGGAAGAAGGAAUAUUUACAAAAUCAGUAUUGGAAGUAAACCUAUCAGAAAACAAUGCAUUACUUGCAAUUUAAGGAAAGAGAGAUGCCAGUACUAUACAGCAAGGUUCAGCGAACGUUCUAAGUAUUAUGCCUUGAUCUGUUAUGGUCCCGGGAUUCCCAUUUCUACUCUCUUUGAGAACCAUGGUGACAGAGAGCUCAGAGUAUUGGAAGACAAUUGGGAAUUGCAGUCUGCUUUGCAGGAGAUCAAACUGCCAAAAGAAGAAAUUAAAAAACUUGAAGUGGAUGGUAUAACUUUGUGGUACAAAAUGCUUCUACCCCCCCAGUUUGAUAGAACCAAGAAGUAUCCUCUGCUUAUUCAGGUGUACGGAGGACCUUGCAGUCAGAAUGUAAAGGAAACAUUUAGCAUUAGCUGGAUAACCUAUCUUGCAAGCAAAGAGGAAAUUAUUGUUGCUCUAGUGGAUGGCAGAGGCACAGCUUAUCAAGGUGACAAGAUUUUGCAUGCAGUAUAUCGAAGACUAGGAGUCUAUGAAGUUGAGGACCAAAUCUCAGCAGUGAAGAAAUUUAUAGAAAUGGGUUUUAUUGAUGAGAAACGAAUAGCAAUAUGGGGCUGGUCCUAUGGCGGGUAUGUAACUUCUUUGGCACUUGGAUCUGGCAGUGGAGUAUUUAAAUGUGGAAUGGCUGUGGCUCCUGUUUCCAGCUGGGAAUAUUAUGCAUCUAUCUACACAGAACGAUUUAUGGGUCUUCCUGUAGAGUCUGAUAAUCUUGAGCACUACAAGAAUUCAACUGUGAUGGCAAGAGCAAAGAAUUUCCAAAACGUAGAGUAUCUUCUCAUCCAUGGAACAGCAGAUGAUAAUGUACAUUUUCAGAACUCAGCACAAAUUGCAAAAGCUCUGGUUAAUGCACAGGUGGAUUUCCAGGCAAUGUGGUAUACAGACCAGAACCAUGGGAUUCCAGGCCUUUCCAGCAAACAUCUCUAUACACAUAUGACCCACUUCCUCAAACAGUGUUUUUCUUUAUCAGAAUAAGUAGGCUAUUCAGAGCAUGCUAAGGCAUCUGAUACAUCUCUGGGAAAAUGCAAUGAUAACAGUGCCCAGGCUAUAUAGUUUUCAAGUGAAUUGAUAACGGGAAUUUGAAGUUUUAAAUUUGAUGUUUACAUCCACUUUUUUAUUGAAUUAUAACAAAUGUUAUGCUAAUACAUGUUUUGGCACAUUUAACACCUGUUUGAUAGAAGAAAUAAAAUCAGAACGUAAAAUGC